CUCCUCCACAACAGGCUGUGGUCUGCCUGAUGUUACUCCGACGCAGUAUUUGCCGGUUUCCAACACCGUCGAGCUGGAUCUCGCGGGUUUCACCAGCUACCAUGCCUCUCCGUGCCAAAGUCACCAACCCAGCAUUCGGGGCCACUGCUAGUAUGUCUACGGCACCUAUUCCCAAAGAACUCCCCGGAGACGAGCCCGACGAUGUCCUGUUCCACUCCCACUACGGUGUGCGCUUGAUUGAGCUCAACCGUCCCAAGAAGCUCAAUUCCCUGAACGGCUCGAUGGUCCGGAAGAUUGUGCCUCGACUGAAGGAAUGGGAAAAGUCCGAUCUGGCCAAUGUCAUCAUGCUCUCUGGCGCUGGCUCGAAAGCUCUGUGCGCCGGAGGAGAUGUGGCUGCCCUGGCUCUGCAGAACGAAAAGGGCCCCGAGGGCCAGCAGGCCUCGUCCGACUUCUUCGCCGACGAAUAUCGUCUCGAUCACCUCAUCGCGACCUACCAGAAGCCCUUUGUCUCCGUGAUGGACGGUAUCACCAUGGGCGGCGGUGUCGGUCUCAGUGUCCACGCUCCCUUCCGGAUCGCCACUGAACGCACUGUGUUUGCCAUGCCCGAGACCACCAUUGGCUUCUUCCCGGAUGUUGGCGGCUCCUUCUUCCUGUCCCGUCUCGAUGGACAGCUCGGAACAUACCUGGCCCUUACCUCGGAGCGACUUCACGGUGUCCAGGCUCUGUAUGCUGGUGUUGCCACGCACUACCUGCACUCCAGCGCGCUGGCCAACCUGACGGCUCGUCUAUCUGAGCUCGUCUUCCGUGACUACUCCACAUUCCAGGACCGUCUCGCUCUUGUCAACAAAACCAUGGCCGAAUUCUCGACGGGUGUGCCGUCCGUGCGCGAGGAGCCUAUCCAAUUGGCUGGCAAGCUGCGCAGUGCUAUUGACCGCUGCUUCCAGUACAACACGGUGGAGGAGAUCAUCCAGGCGCUGCAGAAGGAAACAGAGAUGAAGUCGUGGGCUGAGAAGACCCUGGAGACCCUGUCGGCGCGGUCACCCACCUCGCUCAAGGUUGCCCUGCGCCAGCUGCGUGUCGGCCGCGAGUGGACCAUCUCCGAGACCUUCCAGCGUGAGCACGCCAUCGCCUCCAAGUUCAUGAGACACCCCGACUUUGUGGAGGGCGUGAAGGCCCGCCUCAUGUCGAAGCCUCCCCGCCAGGCUACCUGGCAGCCGGCGACUCUGGAGGAGGUCUCGACCGAGACCGUCGACAAAUUCUUCGAGAUUUCCGAGUCUGAGUCGGGGCCUGAAUCCCGGUUGAGUCUCUACCACUACAAGUCCCCGUACACCCAGUAUCCCUACAAGUUCGGGUUGCCUAGCGAAAGCAGAAUCGAGGCUUUCGUGCGUCACCGUGGAAGAAAGGAGAAAGUGACCCUCAACGAUAUUGUUGCGAACUUUGACAGCAAAGAGGGUGUGAAGGAGAAGGCCGCUGAAGUCCUGGCCAGACGGACUGUCCAGGGCGAGGAUGGUCUUGAAUGGGUGAACUGAUUUCUUUGGCGAAAGAGAAAAGAACAUCAGAAUGUAUAAGGAGUCCAUUUGUUCCUGUUGUUGUGUUCGUUGGGUCUGUAUAUUGGGUUAAUCUUAUCAACAUGUAUUUCAUAUAAAGUUAGACACGCAAGCAACGGUCCUUUUUCCACCCUAACAUGGCUUGUAUCCAACAGUAUGAUAUUUAUAUUUGUAUGCGUU